AAAGUUUAAAAAACAUUCAAGAUUUUAUAAGUGAUUUUGAAAGCUCUUCUAGCGCCUCAUCUUAUUUCAAAGCUGCACUACUAAAUCCAUUACCUGAAUAAAAUAUAAAUAAAGAACGACUAAACAUGGCCAGUACAGGAAGCGACCUCACUCAGGCAGCUGACGCCAAAUUGAAAAUUCCUCAACCCAUGGACCCAACGUCCAUAGCCUUCUCUUCCAUCGGAGAUGCAUACAAGCCAAUUCCACUUAAUAUUGAAUUUUUUAAUACAUACGCACCACGUCUACGCGACCCGAUCCCGAUAAUUGAAACUAUUAAUGCUGACAUAAGUCCAAGCGAUAUGUCACCUUAUUUUAAGGCUACCUUUGAAGCCAUCCACGAUGCCAUCCACUUAGAACAACGUCAUACACCGGAGAUACUCACUGCUAAUGAACACGAUCAAGUUUGUCGUUACAUUCUCAAGCAAAGACUCAACCAUUGCUCCGCACCGCUUCUCAACGUCGAAGUAGAUAACAACACCUUGCUGGAUUACACAUCAUUACCAGCCAGUGUUUCGAAUAUCAUCAACGAUGUCGGACCAAUCCUCGUAGACGAAGGUGCUUAUACUAUCGUCCCAACAUACGUUCCAGAACCAACCGACGACCCAACUCCAUUCACAGGUCCUGUCUCAUCAGAUGGAAGCUACUCCCCAAUGCUACAUAAGACAAUAAUGUUAUCUUUAGCAAGAGUCCAAAAUAUUUUGAGUGAUAACCCACAAAUGAAACAGGAACAUCGCACCCUGUUUGAAGCACAUCUUGAAAGAAAUAUUAAAUAUCAAGAUUGGUAUGCACAAUUAUUACCAAUUACUGAUGAUGACAUUCUUCCAAUCAUUGAAAAAUUUUCACGGUUUGUCAACAUUGCACACAAUUCCGGUAAAAUCAAUAUCGGAACUAUUGACGAAACUGCACAAGGCAAGCCCUUCUGGAUACUCUAUGUCGAAGACACUUGCACAUUGAAAGCCGCAACCGGUACCUCAAAGUCUGUCCUUAUCAGGACUAAUUACUGGGAAGCUACCCAAGAUGACGUCUUCAAAGCAGCCAUCGUUCAGUCGACAAACUCAAAGUCAACGCCUAUCUACACCAAUUACAUCUUGUCUGCAGAUUCACCAAUGAACGGAGUUUUAUCAACACGUAAAUUGUACGCAACUGGAGCAGAACCAGAAAACGUUUAA